AUGCGUGCGACCACAGGUGUGUGCAGACGCAUUGGGCCGAGUGCGUUCGUGUGCGCUUUUGAAGCAUGCCAUUACAUGUGUGAGUGCAUGUCUUCUUGUACGCACGCGUGUAGGCGAUGGGCAUGUGUAGAUGCACAAGUGGAAGCGUUGGUGUGGGUGGGUUUGUAUUGGUGUUUCUGCGUUUGCAAGAUUUUGUGUGGUAAUGUCACUGGUUGCGAAAAAACGAGUUAUGAAAAUGGUGAAAGCGUAUUUUCUGUUGCACGAGUUCGUGUGGGCACAUGCAUUAGUCCAAUUGCGUUCGUGUGUGCUUCUGUAUGCUUGCGGAUGUGUGCCAGCACAUGUGUAAGUUCAUGUGUUUUUAUGUACGCGUGUGUUCGGAUGUGUUUCUAUGGGACUGCGAUGUGCCAGCGCACACGGGUGAGCAUGCAUGUUUGCAUAGAUUUCUGCUUUUGUGCGUUCGUGGGGACUGACCAACCAAUCAGUAGGAAUACAGAGACGUUCAUGCCAUUUAAAUUCAUAGCAAUGCGUGUUGUGCGUGGUAAGAAAGAAGUGAGAAGACAGAUUUUGAAAAAUCGCUGA